CAAAAGGCUUUUGGUGUUGGAUAAAUGGAAGCUGAAGAGGAGCGCUUUCCUAGACUAAGGCAAGUUCUGCUUCUCUUUGUUUUGCUGGCUCAGACUUGCGCCAAGCAGGGAGGCAGCUAUAUUGUGGCAGAAGAAACAGAGAGAGGUUCUUUUGUGGCCAAUCUAGCAAAGGACCUAGGGCUAGGGGUUAGAGAGUUGGCCUGGCGGAGGGCUUGGGUCAUUUCUAAGGAUCACAAAAAACAUUUUCAACUGAAUGUUCAGACUGGAGAUUUGCAAGUAAAUGAGAAACUAGAUCGGGAAGAACUAUGCGGCCCCACUGAUCCUUGUGUGCUGCAAUUCCAAAUGUUACUGGAAGAACCUUUGGAGGUAUAUAGGUUUAAACUUUUGGUCAGUGACAUAAAUGACAAUUCCCCUGUGUUCCCAGAAGCGGAAAUGAUUUUGAAAAUCUUGGAAAAUAGUUUUCCCAGGUCUGUAUUUCCCCUGCAGAAUGCACAAGAUUUAGACAUAGGCAUCAACAUUCAAAACUACACCAUCUACCCAAAUUCCCAUUUCCAUGUUCUCACCCGCAAUGGCAGUGAGGGCAGAAAAUACCCGGAGUUGGUGUUGGACAAAGCCCUGGAUCGUGAGGAGCAGCGUGAGCUCAGGUUAACUCUCAUGGCGGUAGAUGGAGGGGCUCCUCCCAAGACUGGAACUGCCCUGAUCCUCAUUGAUGUCGUAGAUGUCAACGACAAUGUCCGUGAGUUUGAGCAGCCCCUCUAUCAUGUUCAGAUUCCCGAAAACAGCCCCCUCGGAUCCCUUAUUGUCACUGUUUCCGCCAGAGAUUUAGACACAGGAAUAAACGGUGAAAUAUUCUACUCAUUUUUUUAUGGUGAUGAAGAGAUUGCCAAGACAUUUGCACUUAAUGAACUCACUGGAGAAAUUCAAAUAAUCAGAACACUAGAUAUUGAAAAAAUUGUGUCAUAUGAAGUGAAUGUUAAGGCCUCUGAUAGGGCAGGUCCUUCUGGAAAGUGCACUGUCAUCAUACGAGUGGUGGGCAUAAACGACAACAUCCCAGAACUUACUGUGGCUUCACUUAUGAGCCCCAUCCCGGAAAAUUCCCCUGAGACCACAGUAGCUCUUUUCAGUAUUCAAGACCGAGACUCUGGAGAAAAUGGAAGAAUGGUUUGUUCCAUCCAGGAAGAUAUUCCCUUCACACUGAAACCUACCGUUGAAAAUUUCUACAGGCUGGUGACAGAAGGAGCACUGGACAGAGAGAGCAGAGCCGAGUAUAACAUCACCAUCACGGUCAGCGAUUUCGGGUCCCCCAGGCUGAAAACCGAGCACAGAAUAACAGUGCUGGUCUCCGACGUCAAUGAUAACGCACCUACUUUCACACAAACCUCCUACACCCUGUUCAUCCGAGAAAACAACAGCCCCGCCCUGCACAUGGGCAGCGUCAGCGCCACAGACAGAGACUCAGGCACCAACGCCCAACUCACCUACUCGCUGCUGCCGCCCCAGGACCCGCAUUUCCUUCUCACCUCCUUGAUCUCCGUCAACGCUGACAACGGGCACCUGUUCGCUCUCAGGUCGCUGGAUUACGAGGCUCUGCGAGCGUUCGAGUUCCGCGUGGGCGCGACAGACGCAGGCUCCCCGGCGCUGAGCAGCGAGGCGCUGGUGCGCGUGGUGGUCGUGGACGACAACGACAACUCGCCCUUCGUGCUGUACCCGCUGCAGAACGGCUCUGCUCCCUGCACUGAGCUGGUGCCCAGGGCAGCCGAGGCGGGCUACCUGGUGACCAAGGUGGUGGCGGUGGACGGCGACUCGGGCCAGAACGCCUGGCUGUCCUACCAGCUGCUCAAGGCCACGGAGCCCGGGCUGUUCAGCGUGUGGGCGCACAAUGGCGAGGAGCGCACCGCCAGGCUGCUGAGCGAGCGCGACGCCGCCAAGCACAGACUCGUCGUGCUGGUCAAGGACAAUGGCGAGCCGCCAAUGUCGGCCAGCAUCACGUUGCACGUGCUCCUGGUGGACGGCUUCUCACAGCCCUACCUGCAGCUCCCUGAGGUGGCCCCGGACGAGGCCCAGGCCGACUCGCUCACCGUCUACUUGGUCAUUGCGUUGGCGUCGGUCUCGUCGCUCUUCCUGUUCUCUGUGCUCCUGUUAGUCACGGUGUGUCUGUGCAGGAGGAACAGGGCCUCCUGGGUGGGUCGCUGCUCUGUGCCUGAGGGCCACUUUCCGGGCCACUUGGUGGACGUCAGCGGCACUGGGACCCUGUCCCAAAACUACCAGUAUGAAGUCUAUCUGGCAAGAAGCUCUGGAACAAGCGAGUUCAAGUUCAAGAGGGCUACGAAUGACGUAGAGGAAAAUUCCAACUUUGAAAAUGGUUUUGGAUUCAAUUAA